AUGACCAACGUGCUGACCAACGUGCUGACCAAUGCCAUGACCAAAAUGCUGCCCAAAGUGCUGCCCAAUGUGGUGACCAAUGCCAUGACCAAAGUGGUGACCAAUGUGCUGACCAACCACCUGACCAAUGCCACGACCAAAGUGGUGACCAAUGCCAUGACCAGAGUGGUGACCAAUGUGCUGACCAAGGUGGUGACCAAGUUGAUGGGCACGGCAGCGAUGACAUGGGCACGGCAGCGAUGA